UAAUAUCGAAGAUGAAUUUUAUUUAACUUGCUAUGGAAAAGAUUUCAUGAAAACACUUAUUAAAUUAAAGGAUGAUAAAUUGAUUCGAUCUUUAGGCCAGAGCUGUUUGGAAAAGUGUGUGCAAAAUGAUAAUCAUCUGAUUUCUAAAAUUUCUUUGUUGAAUAUUAUUUUUGAAAACUUUAAUGACUUAUCAGAUAAUCAUCCUGCAUUUAUAGCAAGUAUGUUAACUAAUAUAGGAUUUGUAGUUCCUUCUACUACCGUAAAUACAAACUCUACUUCUUCACACCUUUCCAGUUAUGGGAGAUACUGUCAAUUAUCUAAAACACAGUAUCUUGAUAUAUUAAUUUCUAGUCUUUGGAUUCGUUGGAAUAGUUUUUUUCAAAAAGACCCAAAACAUUUUCUAAAUUUUCAAAAUACUCAUAAUUCAAUAAUACUUGCAAUUCCUCUACCAAACUUUGUUUCUUAUCCAAAAAAGUAUAAUUUUUGGAAAGAAUUAUUGAAACCUAGUCCUAAUUCUUUUACUUAUUCAAAUAAGAUUGAAGCCUAUUCCACUGACCCAAAUGAUCCUUGGAAUUUGGCUACAACUUAUAAUACUAUAGAUUCUAAUGGUACAAUUGAAGAAAAUUCUUCACUUAUUGAACCUCCUACUACAACUACAAAUAUGUUUAUGCUGAUGGGCUCAGCAAUUGCGGCUGAAACACAUCCCCAAUUUCUUACUGGGAUUUAG